CCGCACGUGACUGAACGCGUUUUGGGUAUAAAUGUGGAUAACUUGACUUGAUUGCCUACUCCAUCUUUUGUCCCCUCCACGCUCAAAUUCUAAAUUCUGCGAAUCUCACACUUUAUCGCACAUCUCUUUUACUUAGACGACUACACUCAACAGUAACAAUGUCUUCCAACACUUCAGCUUCUCCACCCCCUAUUGAGACUCUACCGGCUUCUUCGUCCAAAACCAAGAAGACAGCGGCAAAGAAACCUGCAUCGAAGAAGGCUCCCGCAAAAGCUGCUCCAAAGGUUGCUUCCCAUCCUUCAUGGAAGGAUAUCAUCAAGGCCUCCAUCACUGCUCACAAGGAGGACGCCCGCAGUGGUGUGUCGAGAGCAACUAUUAAGAAGUUUGCCGAGGAAUCCUACCAUAUUGAGGUAUCUGGUACAAACUUGUACCAGCUCAACCGCGCUAUCACAUCUGGUGUCACAGCGGGCAUUUUUGCCUUGCCAAAGGGUCCUUCUGGCAAAGUCAAACUCGCACCGAAAAAGAAGGCAUCUGAUGAUGAGAAUUCAAAGCCCGUAUCUGUGAAGAAGGUAGCCGUGAAGCCUGCCUCGAAGAAGGCCCCUGCUCCAGUCAAGAAGGCUGAUGCUCCGGCCAAGAAGACUGCCACGAAGAAGCCGACCACCGCAUCCAAGGCAAAGAAGCCUGCCUCACAGAAGACCACCCCAGCUGCCACCAAGAAAGCUGCCACCGCAGCAGCACCAAAGAAGACCGUUCCAAAGAAAGCUACCGCCGGUGCUCCUACCAAGAAGCCUGCAGUGAAAUCAGCAGCACCUGCUAAAAAGGCAUCUACCGCGAAGAUGGUAGAGAAGAAGAAGGUUGCAGCCAAGGCUGCAGCUACCAAGGCCGCCAAGAAGCCUACCCCCAAAGCAAAGUCAUCUUCAUCACGAGCCAGAAAGGUUUCUGCUUAAUGAUAUCCUGUACCACAUCGCUGAGACACGAUUUCUUUUCUAUCUGGUGUGACAUUAGGUGCCCCUGUAUUUUUGAUACCUACUUUAUUCGUGUACUAGUAUUGCAUAUCAUUUCAUUGAGACUAGGAGCAAACUCACUUGAGUUACAAUGUCCUCGCUAUCCGGACUGAAGGUCACUGGUGAUAGUCAGAUGAUAGUAGGGCUUACAAUCUAGUCUCUGGAUGUGGUCUGUAACCUUAGAUGAUAGACAAUCAAAACUGGACAUUGUGCAUCAA